AUGAACAACACGCCUCUGAGUCUGUCACUAGCGAAACUCAAAGGUCACGUAGAGAGGGAGAGACAUUGCACUGGAAGCUUGGCGCGAAGAAGAACGAUACAAGGCGAGAGGCAUUGUCGAAUCAAGGGUAACGGUUCUCAAGUGGCAUCGUGGGAUCACCAUUCUUCGCAAGGAGCGACCCUACGAAGAGAUGGGACGUUUAAAGCAGGGUGCAGACCCUUCAUAGUGUUAGAUGGGACGUUUCUGAAAGGCUACUUUGGAGGGCAGUUACUAACAGCAGUAGGUCAGGACGCGAAUAACCAGCUUUUUCCAAUUGCAUACGGUGUUGUCGAUGCAGAAACUCGGGAAAAUUGGAGAUUCUUUCUCGAGGAGUUACAUACUGACAUAGGGGACUAUAAUGAGAAUGGCUGGGUUUUCAUGUUCGACCAGCAAAAGGGAUUGAUACCAGCAUUACAGGAUGUGAUGCCAGGUGUGAAGCACAGAUUUUGUUGUAUGCAUAUGUGGAGAAACCUGAACAAACGAUGGAAGGAUAAGGAGCUUAAGGGAGCAUUCUGGCAAUAUGCAAAAGCAACUACUGAUCAAGAAUUCAAGGAUGCAAUGGCUAAUGUGAAACGGAUCAAUAAACAGGCGUGGGAGUAUUUGGAUAAAUUUGAGCAAGAACAGUGGUCGAGAAGCAAGUUUUCUGAAUGGCCAAAGGUUGAUAGCUUGACUAGCAACAACUGUGAAUCGUUUAAUUCAACCAUUGUGGGUCUGCGGGAGAAAAGCAUACUGACAAUGCUUGAGGAGCUCAGGUUCUAUAUCAUGAAGACGAUGGCAACUCACAAGGACGCACUGAUGGCUUACACUGGACAUAUAGCCCCUAUACAAGUGAGUAGAUUAGAGAAGGAAAAAAACAAGCUAACUACUGGGAGGCACAGUGGUGUGGUGAUGAUGAACAUAACAAAUUUGAAGUCAGAAAGUGGCAACAUAGAGUCAGGGUGAACACAAGAGAGAGGACAUGUUCCUGCAGAAAAUGGCAACUGACUGGACUACCAUGCUGUCAUGGUAUUGCAGCAAUCCAGAGGAAGAAUGAGAAGCCUGAAGACUAUGUCCAUCACAAGCUCACCAUCGAGGCAUACAACAGGACUUACCAGUUUCACAUUAACAGCAUACCAAGCCAAGAGUAUUGGGAGCACCAUGAAGGGUUGCCUUGUCUGCCUCCUCCAUACAAGAGGCCUAUUGGAAGACCUUCCAAGAAAAGGAAGAAG